GGAAAGAAUCAGAGGAGGGGGGAAACCUAACGUACGCAGGGUGCGUACCCGCAAUCAUACGCACAUACUUGCAGCAACCGAAGAGAGAAAGUGCUAGAGAGAGAGAGAUGGGUAAUUGGGGUUACCGUAUCAACGACAACAACAUUGUAGGGUACAAUUACAUGGUGACACAACCACAGCAACAACAAAGACACAACCACCACAACAUCAACAGUAUCAUGAAGAUCAUUUUCAUUAUCAUAUCAACAAAACCCCCUUUGUUGCUUUGCCUUUCUCAUCCUCCACACACUACUCCUAACUCUUCAAACCCACCUCUUUUUCGACCCAAACCACACCAUACAAAACGCAACCAUAUCGUUUCUAAUAAAAUCAAUUUUUUCCAUCUACAAUCUCUCUGAUUCUCUUUCUUUGGCUCUCUUUUUCGUGCUCUUGAUGGUGAUCUGAGGUUUUAAGUUUUUCGUCAAUACCCACAAGAUAGCCUUACCAGGCUUGUGGCUCAACCUUUUCAGCCACUAUGGAAAGUUUGGGAGGAUUUGGGUUCAGUGAAAUGGGCAGAACUGUGAGGAAGAAGAGGAGCAAUUCAUCACGACGUCCUCGGAAUGAUUCUCAGCCUUUGCCAGAUUAUCGUGAUAAUUCAUCGUUGUCAUCUACGUCACCGUCAGAUGAUGUCAGUAGAAUAUCAAGUGAUGACAAUGAUGGUCAUGGUACAAAUUAUUGGAAAAAAGAACUUAAUUUGAACCAAUGCAGCUCAAAGGCUUCAGCCACUAAUCUUGUUGAAGGGGAAACAACCUUGAAGAUCAGCAAUGAAGAUGCAGGAUGUAGAGAAUCCGAUGGAGCUCACAUCAAGAGCAAUAGUGAAUGGGAACAUAGUGGGAUUGAUUCCAAAAGGCGUAGUGAAGGUGUCCUUGCUCCAGCUAACUGGAAAAGUGUGAGCAAGGUGAAAGGUCUUGAAUUGCAAUCUAGAACUAUAGAUGCCCAAAUAAGCAGGAGGAUAAGUGAUACUUACACUUCUGGUCCUUCUGGGCAAUCAGAAGUGGCUUCAGAUGGCGCGGCAAGUGACAAUAAAGUAAAAAAAGUAAAGCUUAAGGUUGGUGGUGUCACGCGCACAAUACAUACCAAGUCCAUGUCGGUUGGUGCUUCUUUGGGUGGAUCUUCUUCUAUGAAAUAUUCUCAUUCUUCUGAUGCCUCUCGUCCACGGAAGAAGCUGAUUCUUCAGGAUAAUUCAGAUGAGGAUCAUUCUUCUUCUCCAGAAAAGGGCAGUGGCUUGCAAGGAGUGCCAUGGAAACAUUUUUCUAGAAGUGAUUUUAGUGUCAAGAAUGUGAAUUCUUCAAGGGGACCGAAACCUGAGGAAAGUGUCCCUAUCAAGCUAUCAGACAACCAUGAGCCAGUUCGCAAGAGCAAGCGCAUCCCUAAGAGACGGUUGCUAGAUGGAGCAUUUGAGGACGGAGAUGAUGAUGGGGAGCUCCGAUACCUCGAAAAGCUCAAAAUUUCUAAAGGUGCUACUCAUUAUAGUGCAAAAUAUGAAGAUGAUGUUGAAUUAAGAAACAAAAAGAUACGUAAGAUUUCAAUAGAUGCUAAAAAAUCCAGAUCAGGAAGAUCAUCUGAAGAUACUGAUUAUGUGGAAGAGGAAGAUCCAUUGUCUGAUGGUGAGCCUGAAACAAAAAGGAAAAAACAAAGAAAAGAUUUAGUUGAUGUGAUGAGGGAUUCUACAAGGGAAAUGGCAAUCACUACACGCAAACGAGCUCUUCAGACUGGCAAAGACAUCUCUUCCAACUCUGGUGCAAGUUCAAUUGAGUUCCCAAAUGGAUUACCCCCUGCUCCUCCUAGAAAGCAAAAGGAUAAACUGUCUGAAAUGGAGCAGCAACUGAAGAAAGCUGAGGCAGCUCAAAGACGUAGGAUACAAGUGGAGAAGGCAGCUCGGGAGUCCCAAGCUGAAGCAAUUAGAAAAAUUCUGGGCCAAGAUUCUAGUAGGAAGAAGCGGGAAGAUAAAAUGAAGAAGAGGCAAGAAGAUUUAGCACAGGAGAGGGCUGCCAGUGCUUUGACACUCGCAUCAAACACUGUUAGAUGGGUCAUGGGUCCCACUGGUACAGUUGUGAUAUUCCCCAAUGAGAUGGGUCUGCCAACUAUAUUUGAGCCCAAGGCUUGUAGCUACCCUCCUCCACGUGAGAGAUGUGCUGGUCCAUCUUGUACAAAUCCAUACAAGUACCGGGAUUCUAAGUCCAAACUUCCCCUCUGCAGCCUCCAAUGCUACAAGGCAAUACACCAAAAGUUGCAGGCUGUCACUUCAUGUUAAUCAUGUGGACUCACGGACUUGCACUUACAGCUGUUCUAGUCUCGAUAUUAUCGGUGGCCGUUGGCUAUUGUCAAAGUGAAGGCACGUCUUUUGCUAAAGCAACAAGUGGUUUGACCAUUUGUACAGUACAACUGAUUGAAGAACUGAUUGCGUUGGCAAAAUACUCUUUAUCACUUUGGCAAUCGCUGCCUAUUUUUGCGUGUGUCAAAUCUCAUGCAAUAGGAUGGUUGAACUGUUUUAUGUUUGUCUCACACUGAGAUUUGUGGGAGAGUAGUAGUGGUUCAAUGAAAUACCCAGCUUGAGUAUUUGUAAAUAAAAUGCAUAUUGUUUACUUAGUCCGGUAGUUUACUAAUCAUUUGUGCAUUUUAUGAGACUGGUUUUGUUGAAUGAAGCAGGACUUUGGAUACCA